CAGGACCAGAGAGACCCUCAGAACCAGAGAUGCCGUGGCACUCRUCUCUCGGCUGCUCCAAGUUCCGCCUUGUUUUCGGGCAGCCGGCCGCCAAGAGGCAGCGCUACGAGGGCGUGCCCAUCACCAGGAGCGUCCAUGACAACCACUACUGCUCGGCCAAUCCCCGCUUCGUCGCUGUGGUGACGGAGUGCGAGGGGGGCGGGGCUUUUCUGGUCCUGCCCAUCCAUCACACGGGCCGCGUGGAGCCGCACCAGCCGAGGGUCUGUGGUCACGGCGGCAGAGUCCUGGACGUGAAGUGGAACCCRUUUGACGAUCACUGCAUCGCCUCGUGUUCGGAGGACUGCACCGUGAAGAUCUGGGACAUCCCGGCCUGCGGGGUCCAACAGAACAUCACCAGGCCCAGGAAGACUUUGAUUGGUCACUCCAGGAGGGUGGCCAUCAUCGAGUGGCAUCCAACCGYAGAGAACCUGCUGCUUAGCUCCGCCUACGACUACAAGGUCUUGCUCUGGGACGUGUCCCGGUCCGAGUCAGUGAUCAGAUGUCCAGCCCGAGUGGUCCUGAUGCCCGUCCAACACCGAUACCCAUCUGAGGCGCUGCUCUUCUCCGUCAGCUUCAACAGCGAUGGCAGCAGGCUGGCCGUCACCUCCAGAGACCGACGGGUCCGAGUCCUGGACCCGCGGGCUGGACAGAUUCUCCAGGUGUCCAACAAGAAGACCCACAAGGCCAACAAGGUUUUAUACGUCACAGGGCUGAAGAUGCUUCUGUCCACCGGGACCUCGUCCUGGAACCACAGACAGAUCGUCCUCUGGGACCCCGACAACUUGUCUGAGCCUCUGUUUGAAGAGGAUCUUGAUGGAUCUGCAGGAGUCCUCUUCCCGUUCUACGACCAGGACACACAGUUGCUCUACUUGGCUGGAAAGGGUGACGGGAACAUCCGGUGCUACGAGUUGAGCUCUGAAAAACCUUACAUCAGCUUCCUGACAGAGUUCARAUCCCUGCUGCCCCAGAAAGGCCUCGGGGUGAUGCCGAAGCGUGGCCUCGAUGUCAGUGCCUGUGAAGUUUUCCGGUUUUAUCGUCUGAUUCCCGUCAAAGACCUGGUGGAACCUCUGUCCAUGGUCAUACCACGAAAACAGUCGACCGUUUUCCAGGAGGACCUGUACCCGAUGACUGCCGGAGACCAGCCGGCUCUGACGGCUCAGGAGUGGCUGCAGGGGAUCAACAGGGGACCAGUUCUGAUGUCCCUGAAACCUGAGACUCGUGUUGAAAAUCCGUACGCUGAAAUCCCCGCAGGCAAAAGCCAGUCAAAGGAGCUGGAAUCAAUGAGGGUCCAGAGGAGUCCAGCUGGUGGAGGAUUAAACCAGGACCUUACAGAGAAGGWAGACUGGUGUUCUGAGGACUUCCUGGAGGAGCAGCUGGCCUAUCAGGACGCCAAGUAUCCCAGAGACCUGAGCGACCUGUCGGGGUGGCAGCCCGACGAGACCCAGCUCCCACUGUGGACCUACCGCUGCACCCCACACUGCUGCGAACCCACCGAGAACCCCCCGCCCACCACCGAGACAGAGCUCCUGAAGGUGUUUUACAGACAACAAGAUGAGAUCAGAGAGCUGAAGAAGGAGCUGCUGCAGAAAGAUAUAAGGAUCACUCAGCUGGAGUUGGAGAUAAAAAGAAGCCGAAGCAACAUGAGAGCGGCGGUCUGAAGGAAACUCACCUUUUUGUUUUAAAAUUAGAGACGCACAGUUUAUCAGCAUUAACAUUUGUAUUGGUUCAAUAAGU